AUGGCGGUGGAUGCCAUUGAAACCCCCUCUCCUCCCUUUCACCCCCCUUCUUCCCAUUUCAGUCAACAACGCCACUUCUAUCUCGCCGUUGACAGGCUCCAGUUCAAGAUGGAGACAUUGAUGGACCUGUUGGGCGUGGCGGGUAGGCGUCCCUGCCUACCUAUAGUGGUCUGCUGCAGCUCACGUGAUGAGCUCGACGCGGUCAGCUCCGCCGUCGCCAACGUCCCCUAUAUCUCUUUAGCUUCUCUGUACACUGACCUUGCUGAAGCAGACCGUUCUUUGAUAUUAGAGCGCUUUCGGGAAGCAACAAUGAGGUGGAACCCAGAAGCCAGUGCUCAACCAGCGGAUGACAAUGAGCCUGUGAAAGAUGAACAAAAAUCUCAUAUGAUAGUUGCAACAGAUGCAUGCCUUCCACUUCUUGCUUCCGGGGAGUCACCCAUUUCUGCUCACGUUCUUAUAAAUUAUGAGUUGCCUACAAAGAAGGAAACAUAUAUGAGGCGGUUGACGACUUGUUUGGCUGCAGAUGGGAUUGUAAUCAAUAUGGUUGUUGGGGGUGAGGUAGUUACUCUCAAAAGCAUUGAAGAAAGUAGCAACCUGGUCAUAGCUGAGAUGCCCAUAAAUACACUCAGUUUCCUCAUCCCCUAUAAAUAA